AUGUCAUCCCCCUCCGCUCCUCCUCCGCCGUGCUCCCACCUCGCCGCCUACCGCUCCAGCGCCACCCGCGGCUCCGCCGCCCUUCGCCACCUUCCGCCGCUGCCUCCGCGUCCGCCCCUCGGCCGCCCCGAGAUCCGCCGGGACCCUCCGAGACCCCCCGCUGCGGCCCCUGCCUCCUCUCCUCCUCUUCCUCCUCGCCCCCGCCCCGCCCCGCCCCCCUCGCCCGCCUACGCCUGCAUUCCUGCGCCGCUCGUCCUCUGCCCCGCCCACGCCCCUCCACCCCCUCUCCUCCCCUCCGGCCACGACAUCGCCGUCGAUGUCGACCGCGCCGAGCUCUUCUUCUGCCCUCUCCUGCCGCCGACCAGGUCUACGAUCUCCGACUUCGACGCCGCCGUCGUCCUUCGCCCAGUCCUCCUCCUCCCUCCCCCUCCCUCUCCCUCCCCGAAAGGCCCGUCCGGAAACGCCGCCGCGUCGCCUUCCGCCCCUGGUCCCCCGAUCCCGCCGAGCGCGCCGUCGUCCGCACCGGAUCCGUCCCCCUCCGACUCCCCGGCUGCGACGCCGACGCCGACGCCGCCGAUCCCUCCUCCUCCUCCUCCUAUUCCUCGGCCUUCGCCCCCUCGUCCCCCCCGCCCUGGGGACUGCGCGGACUGA